UGUAGAGAGAGAAGCGGUAGCUGCCAGGAGGUGGGAUCUGUGUGAGUCUUAUUUUAUUAUUUAUUUAUUUAUUGCACACAGUGAGCUGGCAGCCCACACCUCCUAUCUCCUCUCACACUGUGACACUGCUGCCUUUUCCUACCGCCCAGAGGAGGCCUGAGCCGCAUCUGCAGGUGAGAACCAUUGGAUGAUGUGAUUGUAACAGGCCAGUCUCCAGGUUUGGGGUACCACUGAUUAUUGGGGUACCAUUGACUGUGAAUCCUAUUAGAUAAAGUGUUUUGGCAUGCAGGGUGUGAUGGAAACUCAGCCCUUUAUAAUUUAUUUUUAUUUUUAGACUAGGGAGUAGCCCCAGAAAACCAUAUAAUUAGAACCUUUCUUACUCUUAGUACAUGGUUCCAUAGAACCCUCAGAUUCCUUGUCACAUGCUGACUUUAGAUGUAAUAAUUACUGUUUCCUGUGUGGGUUUAUGUAAUAACCAUCCCAUCUGUUUGGACUUAUCUGUUACCCAUCUGUGUGCCUGUAUCAGUCAAUGUGUUAACACAGGACAUACCAUGGAUUUGUCCAAUAUCUAUCUUUGUAGCAGAACAACAGCUGCAAUUAUUACUAUACAUAUUAGCAUCUCACUCCUCAGGUUAAAGGGAAAGCAUGCAGUGCUGGCAUAGCUGUGUGGGUUUUUUUUCUCUAUCUUUUCAGAAUUUUCCAGUGAGCUCACAUCCACAUGUAUCUUUAGACUUACUUCUUUAGUGUAUUUUCCUUUCUACAUUUGUGUUUUUAGUGUAAUAAAUACACUUAGAUGCUAUAAGAAUCCACAGGACACAUAUACCUACAUACAUGUGCACAUUUUUGUAUUGUGCCUCUUAGUAGGGUAUUUCCUACUUUUCUAAAAAAAAAAUAAAAAGUUGUGGGAAAAACUGCCAAAUUUACUGAUGCCUGUAGAUUAGGAGUGUCUGUCACUGGCCCUCCUGGAAUCUAGUAGUAUGUUUCAUGGAAUGAUUAACCCCUUAAGGACCAAACUUCUGGAAUAAAAGGGAAUCAUUCCAUGUCACACAUGUCAUGUGUCCUUAAGGGGUUAAGAAAUAUAGUGCAACAACACAUGGAGAGGGUAGGUAGGAUAACAACCCAUCUUUGGGUGAUUCUAAAAAACAGGCUACAUAUCUUGCCGGGAGCUUAUGUUAACCCAAAAACUUUUGAGUGUGCAGAUCUUAUUAUUAUUUAUAUAGCGCCAGCAAGCUCCGUUGCGCUGUACAAUGGGAUAUAGACAUACCUACCAUUUUCAUUUGGAUGUAAAUCAGUCUCUCUGGUCUGGCACACCUUGUAGUGUACUCAUUGCAUUCUUGUUUUUGUGGGGUUUUUUGUUUUUUUUCUUCUCCAAGCAAAUGGUUAUGUGUUGACAUCUACAUGGCAAGUCUUGAUUCACAUAACAAUCAUUAUUCAUUCCAUUAUCUCCUUUAUGAUAGCAUUAUGUAAAGUGAUCUUGCCAGGGCAAUGCUGCAAGUACAUUUGUUAUUGUGAAUGACCUUUCAUUUUCUGAUUAACAACACUAGAGACACAACCUAUAAAUAACUACAAUUUAGCAUGUGAGCACUUCCCAUCUGCAAGAAUAAACUGGAAAAAACUGAUUUUAGGUUAAGAUUAUUGUUGAUUAAACCGAAUCACUCAUCCUUCAAAUCUUUGCAAUGAGUUUUUCUUUUUUUUUUGACCUAGGUCAGCAUUUAUAUAUAUUUUUUUUAUGAGUUAAUGCCAAAGUUUUUUUUUUUCUGUGUAGUAACCAAUUGCACAAUAAAGCAUGUGAUCAAUGACGUAGGAGAGGGAACUGAAAUCAGAUGCAAAAAAAAAAAAGGGAUGUGGGAUUGAUUAAACAAGGCCUCACAGAGUCUGUAAUGCAGCAGUUCCCUCACCUAGAUAUCAUGAUGGUGGGUUAAAGACUAUAAAAGUGAACUUAGAACACCCAGUAUUAUGUUUCCUCCCCCAAAUCCUUCUGAGGGCCAUCUGCUCUGUAACAGAAGGCUCAGGCUUCGGAUAAGCAUGUGGAUUAAUUGCUUUGUUUUGUUUUUUGUUUUUGUUUCCCUGUGUACAGCAACACAAAAGUUUAAGGAUGGCACACCAAUUUAAAAGGACAAAGGGUCUAUGCAUUUAGGUCAGUGGUUGUUAAAAUGGCUUUGUCACUCUCUGGAGUCUUUGCAUAUUUUGCAAAGAACCACGAUUGGGGACAUCAUUGCUUGGGUUGCGGUGACUUGGGAUGCAGUAUAGGUGAGUUAGACGUACCUGAUGCUGUCCAACGCCAUCUUCACUCUUCAGCUCCCUGUGCUUCAUCGGAAGAGCACACCAGUGCGUAUUUUGGCACAUGCUCAAGAGUACAGCACUGAUAUUUAUGGCGUCUCCAUAGAUAUUUGAUACCCAAUGUGUAGGGAAACUGCACAAGCUGUGCCAAUCAAAUGGUAAACGUGCGGUAGGAGGGAAUAGAGCAUGUAUGUUACAGUUUGUGUAACACCCACUAAACCAUGCUGUGCCACCUCUGGGGAGGGGGUAAAUUUUUACUUAAAACGGAUCUGCCACUUUUUAGUGUUUCAUAAAGAAAUAAUCUUUAUGAAAUACUGAUUUAAGACGGUGUUGGAAUUUCACUGAUAUUCUAACGCAAUCCAGAGAUACCAUAAGACAAAGUAGGGACUAAUAUGUCUUAUGGUAAACCUUGAGGUUGACCAAAGGAGAAUCUCCGCCAUCAACUUUUUGCUCAAUCCCAGCAGCCAUCACAAAGGACUUUUUUUUUUUUUUUUUAUGGAUGAUCUCGCGUGAUCCUCCAUAGCCUUAAGUGUUGUACUUAAAUGCAUGCGCGAGAGUGCAGCACUGACGUGGCUCCUGGAAGCUGGAGCACCAGGAGCCGAAGAGGAGCUAAAUCAUGAAGAUGGCUGCUGCUGCUGCGAGGGACAACCAGCGGUAAGUAAAGCCCACUUCCACAGUACCCCACGACCACCAGACUCCCACCAGACCAGUAUAUUUCAGGUGUCUUUGUGAAUUAUUCAAAGACUGCCAAAAUUGACAGAUCCCUUUUAAUAACCCCUAAAGUAAUACGUUUUAAUUUUAAUAAUUGAUUUGUUCAUGGCUUUUAAGGAACAGUAAGGAUGUUAUUAUUUAUAUAGCGCCAACAAAUUCCACAGUGCUUUACAGUGGGUGGACAAACAAACAUGUAGUUGUAACCAGACAAGUUGGACACAGGAACAGAGGGGUUGAGGGCCCUGCUCAAUGAGCUUACACACUUUAAUCCGUGUAGAUCUGUUCAAUAAAAUAACUGUUUUCAGAAGCUGUAAAUCACAUAAUGCUGAUAUCACCUGAGAUUUAUAUCUCUGAGGCAGUAUUAGACCUAUCUAAAAAGUAUGAAAUUAUGCAAAUAACACUAUAUAUUCUACUUUUUAAUAAUUAUUUCCAUGGUGCAAUGCAUUUGAUUUUAUUAAACACUCUCUUUUGAGUCAUCCUUAGUAUGUUCCUUCAGGAAAAUAGUCUAUAUAGAAAUAGUGGUGAGUGCAACUUGUAAUAUAUCACAUUUUUCCUGAAAGGUGCUGUAAAUUCCAGAUUUGCAAUCCGGUAUGAAACAGGGGGAGAGGCGGGGGGAGGGGGGGGAGUAUAUCCAGCACACCUUCCUAAUCUUCGCAAUCCUUUUAUUGCAACACAUGCCUGGGUAAAGACACUUUGGUCAUCACCAAAACAAACCGGUUUAUAGAUCAGGGGAACUCUAACAUAACCCUUAGCGUGAGCUGUAACAGUUAUGUUGUCUAGAUUAUUGUAAAUGGCAGUGCCCAUUUUUCAGAAAUUUCUGUUUAGGAACAGUUUGACAUGUAGUGUAUCUCUUGCCAGGGACCGUCUUUAUCCUCUGCCUCCCUGAUAAUCUACAAUUAACCUUUUUUGAAUUAUCACUGUCAAUUACUUCUUACCAGUUCGAAGCACGUUCAGCCAAACAAUGUGGUCCAAAUUAUCAGUGAGUUCAAAGUUGGGGUGAUCUCCUGGGGGACCAGGCAGAGCUCUAGUUUAGCUUAUAUUCUUCCUAAACAGUUUGCCAUAAAACUGAGAGAUUACACUAGGACAACCGGAUAACAUAACCAAAACCGUUAUCUGGUUAGGCUGCAUAGUGCCCCUUUAAUGGAAUACAUCCUUAUUGUCUUGUCUGUUCAGAUUUCCUGGAGGGAUUCUGAACUGACUCUUCACUUUUGUCACUAAUGAUGGUUGUGAAGGACCAGGAAUUUCAGCAAGACCUACCCACCACCUGUGCAGUCAUUGGUGGAGGGGGUGAACGCCUUUAGCAGUUUGUUUCCUCAGUCCUGUAAAUGCUUUUGAAGUGUAUGCUGGAGUUAGCAGGGCAGUGGAGGCAAAAAUAAAACUUGCUUAUACUCUUAGCAUUUCUGUAUAACGUGUGCUAGCAUCUACUGAUAAUUAUCUGCUUGAUGGCCAAAAUUCUCCCGUGUUUCAUUGAAUGCACCUGCGAUAUCUGAGGUCACUUACACAUAAGGGAAACUUGAAUUUACAUGGAAUGCCAGGCUGUGCCAGCCCAGUCUUACAUUAGAUAAAACAAACAAAAAAACACACCUAUAUAAGCAGACUUAAUAACUAACUUCCAGUUGGCUAUUAAAUUGUGCCAUUAUCUCCAAAAUGACGAUUCCUCUUUACUAAAUAAAUUUUAUCUUGUAUGUUACUUGGCUCUGAUUCGAUCCUUUCUUCUCGCUCCCAGACAAGUUCUUGCUAUCGCAAUCUUGAAGCAGAGUUUUGUGUUCCUAGAGUAGAUAACGUCUCACUUUAUUGAUCUUGGAAAAAGUUUGCAGGCAUCCAGUUACUGCUGUUGCAAUCCGUGCAAUAUAAUAAUGAAAUUAAUUAACAAUGUGGUUUGGUUGGGAUAUGUCUGAAUAGCCUGGUGUGUUAAAACUACCCAUAUACUACAGCUUGCUUCUUGUCACCAGAGCAUCGGAAUCUGGCUCUUUAGUGGCUGUUUGGCUCUCACAGUCUGUGUCCUGAUAGCCCCUAGCUUACUGUGUUUAUCUAAUCUUUCUGACUUGGAGCCUCCCUGUAAUAGAGGGAUCAAGGAAAUUGACCUGUAGUUAACAGAAGUAGUUUAGUUCCUGGUUGAAAAGCAGAAUUCCUGAGAUUUACAGCAGACACUGCUAUUCAUUAUCUUCAUGUAAUUAAUGUUCCAUCCUGGUGUGUGAUUAAAAGGAAUAGACACAAUGGAUUAAUGAGUUCAACGAAAUCAGAGUACAGAUUGUUCUAAGAAUUUAAAACUAAUUUUAUGCGUCUAAACCAGGGGUCCUGAAACUCUAGCCCCCCAGAUGUUGCUGAACUACAACUCCCAUGAUUCUUUGAAUUACAUAGAUAGCAAGAGAAUCAUGGGAGUUGUAGUUCAGCAACAUCUGGGGGGCCGGAGUUUGAGGACCACUGAUCUAAACAAUGCAAAGGGAAACCAACAACAACAACAAAAAAACUAUUCCGUCUUUGCAGCAAACUCAGGGGUUCUAAAUCUGCUCCAUUUGUCACAGACAUACAGUAAGCGUCUCAGACAUCCUGGUCCUCCUUAUGUCGCUUUCUACUGGAGAGCUACUAUACGGUUAGGUGGAUGGGAAGUUUUCAAAAUGUGGCAAGGGACAGAAUUUAAUUCACGAAAAAUGAACUAGUUUCAGACCAUAUUUUAGCUGACCACUGCACUCAUUCUAAAAUGGUUCUUCCCAUCAUCAAAUUAUGAAUUUAAAAAAAUAAAAAUCUAUUUAUUUUGUGUUCAUGUAAUGCUAUACAUUUCUUGUUUGGGGGGGUGAGGGGGAUCUCUUUCUUUUGGAAAAGAGGUUAGUGGUAGAGCAUCAUACAAUGUGCAAACCGAAGAUAAAAAGGUUGUUUUGUUUUUUUUCUUUACAAUUACUUUGUAAAAAAAAAAAAUCUAAUGUUUUCAGUGCCUAGAGUGCAGGGUUUAACUCUUUGAGAAUUUUGACCUACAAUACAGCGUUCUAAUCAAUCUGGGUGUAUUGAGUUAGACUAUUGAUGCUUCUCCCAAUGAUGUCUGUGUAAUAAAGUGUGACCCUAGUUCCUACAGUGAUCGUCCUUCCAGGAAAGCAAAGUCAAUCACUGUAACAUCUAUUUAUACACUUUACCGAUCGGACAUUCAGGAAGGUGAUGUCUGCUUUUUAAAGAUUUCGUUGGAGUUUUUCAUAACUGCAACAGUUGGCAAGAAUAAUUACAUGCGCAGGGACUGUUGAAUUGUCCAUUUAUUUAGUACAAGGCUAUGUUGCAUAUUCUCAGUGAAAUUUGUCCUGUCUUAGAAUAGAAUUGAUAUUCUAAAUAUAUUUCCUACUGUGACUUCAGCUGGGGUUCUUAAUUAGUGUAAGUGCGAGUUAUUCUAAUGUUUAAACCUGAUCUUCUGGUUCUACAGACUCCUAGCUUUAGGGACUUUCUUUUGUCUUAUUGAUAGAAAUAAAAAACUUGUAUUUAAGUAUAUAGAAAUAGUACCUCGUUGUGUUAAUAGAUCUCUGCCCUCCAGCACAUGCAUUUUAAUAUGUAGAAACCUCAAUCGAUAAAAACAUGUUAGAGAUGAGUGUUUAUAUUUAUAUUCUCCAGUCCAGGUGUGACGUAUAGUGCUGGGUUCAUCCAGUAGCGGUCUGUGCUCAGUCCAUUCCUGGCACAGCCUGAUCUUCAUCCUAUUGUACAAAACAGUUUUUAUAUUUUAACGUGCUUUUACAUGCAAUUUUACAUGUGCAAGUAAAAAUACGCAAUUGAUGUACAAUUGCAGUGUUCAUAAAAAAUAAGUGCCUUUUACAUGAGAUCUGUGUAUUCUUUUCAAUAUCUCUUUCUUUGAGAAUGUUAAAAGAUUUUUGCUCACAAUGUGCAUGACUUUUGUGUGAGAAUGGCAUGUGUGACGUCCUCCUUCAUCUCUUCUGUUCUAUUCUGUAAACUACUUGUCAAAUAUCCACAUUGUAUAAUUGUAAAGUGCUCCACAAUAUGUUUAUGUUCUGUAAAUGCUGCUAAUUACAAUUAAUAAUCUAUUUGAAGAUUUAUAAUCUUGUUAACCAGCAUGAAUGUUUGAAUUUCCAUAUUCUUAACCUCACCCAACUGUACUUACUUUGUUUUUGUUUUUUUAUUUUGUGUUUUUUAAGACCUAUAAAAAUGUUAUCCAGAUUGAGAGUAGUCGCAAGCAGAAGUCUGCCAGCAUGUCGGACUGUGCACACCAAAGAGAAGGGCAAAGCUCUUAUGUUAAAUCCAAGGACAAACAAGGUAUGUGAAAUCGAGGUCUCUGUAAUAUGGGGGCUGUAUUCUGUCCUAAACACGGUGUAUUAUGUUUAUCUAUAAACACUUUAUGGACUAACACUAUAUGUCUCCCUAUAAUGCAUUGCCGUUUUCAUUGUAUUUUUUUUUUUUAAGUGUAUAGUUUCUUCACCUAAAGAGGCUAGUUGCUAAUCUGAGGUGAAAAGUCUCAGUCUUAGUUGUCUUAGCCAAAAAGUUGCAAUUCUUUUGUCCGUUUUCCACAAUUCCCAAGUUUAGCUACAAAACUCUAUAUAAAUGGACAUUUGUGUGUGUGUGUGUGUGUGUGUAUAUAUGUAGGGAUGAUUUAUACAGAUAUAGGUAACUAAUGACCUCAAAGCUUGCGUCUUAUCUGUUUGUUCCUAAACCAGUCAGGUCGUAUCAGAUUAGUUGUGUAUUUUAUUUUUUUUUCAUUUUAAUUCCCUGUAAUCUGCUAAACACAAAUGAGCCAAUAUUAAGUUUAAAAUAUUGUCAUCCUCUACCCUGCAAUCACUGCGUUUAUUUAUUCAGACUGCUCUGGAGGCCCUCAGUGAGAUCAACCAGCAUGUUAUGUGAUUGUGCUGCUUUGGAGCAUAGAAUGAGAGAACCUUUAUGAAAAGUUCUUUAAUACAACAAAGGGCUUAUUGCUUUAUGUAAUUUUUUCCCUCUAACAUCACUUUAUUUGCAUAAAGAAAUACCUGUGCUUUUAAUUGGCUGCAGACCAUAACACCAACAUUAUAUUUGUCUAACGUGAUAAUUCUCUUAAGUGUGAAAUGUUGAAGAUACAAAAAGAAUUUGACAUUUUUGCAAAAAACAGCUGAAUUACAAACAUGGCUGACUUGGGGAUUUUUUUUAUAAUUUAGCUACUGCAGCCUAACUUUGAAUUCUUUAUAAUUCAUACUGUUGUAAGCUGUGAAAGCAACUAAAAUGUUAUUCAAAAUGGCUUCUAGAAUGUAAACCUCGGCAUUGCUAAACAAAACGCUGCCCGCAUAGCAGAAUGUUUCAAUCAAUUCUUUUUUUCUGGAUUUAGGGAAUGGCAUUUACUUUACAAGAAAGGCAAAUCCUUGGACUUCAGGGACUCUUGCCUUCCAAAAUAGAGACCCAAGACAUUCAAGCUGCUCGAUUUCACAAGAACCUGAGAAAAAUGGAGGACCCUUUAGAAAAGUAUGUAUUCCAAACAAGUUUCCAUCAAUAAAAUCUGUACUUAAUGCUUAUUGGUAGAAACAUCUUAUAAUGGAUAGCAACAGACUAGUAAAUAAUGCAUAAGAUGUACACUUAACCACCAUGACAUCCCCUGGAUCUUCUAGUACCAUUCCAGCAUGGAGCUAUUAGGCCUGUCUGUGUGUGGGUUUUAUUAUUGGAGAAAACCCACAAAAAGCACAGUGUAUCAUAAACUAUAAGGACCAAAUGUUGCUUUUUGUGGUCAUUACACUCUGUUUCUUAAGACAGAAUGGAAUGUCGAGCUUGUUUAGAAUUGACAAAUCGAUACAUUGAGUUGGUCAUUCCAUUUUGGAAUGGGAUCUUUAAAUGUCCUAUGUGAUUUAGGCCCACUUGGGUGUUGUGUUAAAGCUCUGUUGGGUAGCCGUUAUUUGUUUGGCUAGCACAGCUUGCAUCUUUUCGGUUGACAUCUUGGCCAUGCUAAAGAAGUUCUUUGUAGGCCUUACUGACCUUCUUUUAGCAGCACUGCUUUCCCAUCACCCCAACUUGUGCUUGGAGUUCUUAUUUAUCUCUCCCCUCUCAAGAAAAAAUGCCUUUUUUAUAAGCAAGAUCAAUAGUUAAAUUUAGAAUUACUUGUAAAACAUACAUUAUCCACUCUUGUUGAGUAGUGUCACGUGGUGUAAUUAUAUUUAUUUUAAAAUGCUAUUUACUCCUAAUUAAUGGCAUUUGGCACAUGAUAAAACCAGAAUAAUCACUAAAAUUACUAAUGAAAAAAUAUAGGUUUAGCAUGUUGUCGUAUUUCUCAUGAGGUUUUACAAUCCUUUUCAGUAAUAUCAUAUAUACAGUGACUUUUACAAUCUUUCUGUUAUUUUUUUUUUUUUUUUUAGAUACAUUUACGUAAUGGGAAUUCAGGAGCGAAAUGAGAAGCUCUUCUAUAGAAUAUUGCAGGAUGAUAUUGAACGAUUAAUGCCCAUUGUCUACACGCCCACAGUCGGUCUGGCUUGUUCGCAGUACGGACACAUAUUCCGUAGGCCAAAGUAAGUAUAUAUUAAACGAAGACAUUCCUUGAGCAUCAUUUCUUCAUUGUAGCUUGACAAAACCAGUUCUGUUACAGGGGUUUAGUAAGAAUAUUAUGGAAGUUAAAAACAGCUGAUUAAUCACUGUCUACACCAUCCAGCUGACUUGUCUGGUCUACUCAAUACUCUAGUAACGUUUGAAAGAAUGGAGAUGGGAACUGAAAGUAGUCACAUCUUUUCAUUUUGAAUAAAUGUCAGUCAUGUGGGAAAACCCAACAUAUGAGCACAGUGGUAGUUUUAAUAUAAUACAGUAAUAGCACUGUAACAGGAACAAGUUUGACUGGUCUCCAACUUGGAAUCCAGACCUGUCCAUAUACUCACAGUGAGAUGUCACCUACUUUGACCACUCCUUGCAUACUGAAGUCCGUACCUCUGGGUGCCCCCCGCUGCCUGCUUGGAGAUACUUUGUACAUUAGUAAAUGCGAUGCCUUGAAUUAUUCAUUGGAAGCACAGGUGUGUCUCUACCUGUCUCUCUGUGUUACACUUUAUCAGGUGACCUGGGAGAGAAGCUUGACAAAGCUAUGAAAGCGUAUACAUAACCUUUUAUUUCUUUCCCCAGGGGGCUUUACAUUUCAAUAUUAGACAAAGGACAUAUCCGAUCAAUCUUGGACAACUGGCCAGAAACCGAUGUAAAGGUAAGAUGACUGGUCCUAUAUUUUAAUUGUGCCCUACUAGUGAGCUACGUAGCACUUUUUUAGUUAAAAGGACACUAUAGUUAACCUAUAAAAGCAAGAAAGACUGGUCCCCCAGCCUUCUUUCUUGCUUUUAUAUGAACUUAUCAUAAAAAAUAAAUCCGAGUAAGUUUUAAUAAUAAAACUUACCUCUGUUCCAGCGCCGAGCUCCCUGCUAGGCCACGCCCCCUUUUUCGUAAAAAUGACGAAAUCGCAAAGCCCAAUAGGACGCUUCUCCUUUCGUGCUGCACCAAUCGCAUUCUUCAUAGAGCGGCAUUGAAUGCCGCCCUAUGAGGAAUCUCAGCGCUCAACCGCGCAUGUGUGCUCUGAGUUCGCGUGACUGACAGCUCAGCUUGCUUUCUAUACCCGCCCCCCUCCUCAGCCAAACUGUGUUUGCAUAGAAACACUAUAUAUAGAGAUAUCUCCAUAUAUAGUGUUUCUAUGCAAACACACAAGUAGUAAAAAAUUAGACAUACCCUCUUUCUCCAUCCCAUCAUCCAUAUCCAUCCCCCCAUCAUCCAUCCAUAUCCAACCAUUCCCAUCAUCCAUAUCCAAAACAUCAACCAUAUCCAUCCAUCCUCACCCACCCAACCACACUCACUAAAUAAGUUUACUUACAGUUUGAAUCCUCCCCUCCUUCUCUUCGCCCUUCAGCCUGUCAGCACAAGCCAUUCCGACGCACUGCUGACAGCCUCAGCACACAAAGAUCUCUCUAUAUAUAGUGUUUCUAUGCAAACACACAAGUAGUAAAAAAUUAGACAUACACUCUUUCUCCAUCCCCAUCAUCCAUAUCCAUUCCCAUUAUCCAUCCAUUCCCAUCAUCCAUAUCCAUCCAACAAUUCCCAUCAUCCAUAUCCAUCCAUAUCCAACCAUUCCUAUCAUCCAUAUCCAUCCAUCCCCAUCAUCCAUCCUCACCCACCCACACUCACUAAAUAAGUUUACUUACAGUUUGAAUCCUCCCCUCCUUCUCUUCGGUCUUCAGCCUGUCAGCUCAAGCCAUUCCCACGCAGUGCUGACAGCCUCAGCACACAAAGCGCGUUCACAGUGCUUUGUGUGCUGAUACACGUCUGAAGUAUUCACCCAUGCGUGAAUACAUCAGACUUGAAUGAAGCCUUUUUAGGGCUUCUGAACUCGGAAGUCCCUCUGGUGGCCGUCUGACUGCAACAAGAGGUGUUCCAAGCUUCCAAUGUAAACACUGUAUUUUCUCAGAAAAUACAGUGCUUACAAGAAAAAGGCUGCAGGGAGCUGUAACACUCACCUGAACAACCUCAUUAAGCUGAAGUUGUUCAGGUGACUAUAGUGUCCCUUUAACACUACAUGUAGGUAAAAAGUUUAUCAGCAGGCACUUGUUAACAGUAUAGAGUAUGGGUACCAAGAUGUAUAUGGUCCACUUAUGGACCUGAAUAAACCUAAAGGGACAAUGUAGGCACCAUAACGGCUUCAUCUAUUUAAAGUGGCUAUAGUGUCUGCAGUCCCUUGGUUCUGUCCUUCUAUUCAGCAUUAAACAAUUUUUAAUGUUUAGUGCUAGAAAGAAUCCCUAACAACCUAUCUCCUUUGUGCUGCUUGGGCUAAUGAGUAAGAAUUUGUAUGAGCAUCUGUGAUUUGGAUGACGGUGGCCGCAACCAAUCAGUGUGACUACAAUGACAUGUGUAAUCUUUGUCUUAGCUAUGCUUCCAGUGGGGGCAGGGACUCUCAUUCAGUGUUACACUGUUCAAAAAUGGAUUCACACUGAAUGGAUGGACCGUGCCAGGGGACUGCAGACACCAUAACUACAAUUUGCUCCAGUGGUUAUAGUGUAAGGAGUGCCCUGGCGCUCCUCAAUUCAAACCUAUUGGCUGAGGGCCAUGUCUCUGACAAUGAGCCAAGCCCUACAUUGCAGGAGGUGGGUGGCAGUGCCAGGAGACCACCAAGUAAGAAGUCAGUUUUAUAAAUGAUGAGUUCUAUAAAUUAUCCGAUUUUGAGAUUGUCCUUUUUGUUCGUUCCAGGCUGUUGUAGUAACUGAUGGCGAAAGAAUUCUGGGUCUCGGAGACCUUGGAGUUUAUGGAAUGGGAAUACCAGUGGGAAAAUUGUGUCUGUAUUCCGCAUGUGGUGGAAUUCGGCCUCAGAAAUGCCUUCCUGUCGUUAUCGAUGUCGGCACUGAUAAUGAGGUAAAUAUUUAUAUUACGACCAUUUACAGUGCCAGUUUAUUUUCUUUUACACAAAUUUGUUAUGCAUAACUAGUUCACCAAUCACAUAAGCAUGCCUAAGGAUCACACAUAUAGAACUACUCACAGAACACACACAUACAUGCACAACUACAGAUACCCAUUCAUACUGGCGCACACAGACAUUUAUUUCCUGGGGUUUUGCUGCAGACUCUGCUGCCCCUCUAAAAGGGCUGCCUGGGUUCCAUGAACCCACACAGAGACUACCUGUGGAAAAGUGUACCACAUACCUACCAAUUUAUUUACUGCAUACUGGUGCAAGUUCUAGAAUAUCUAGAUUAAACUGUGCCUGGUCUUGUGGUUUUAGUGAACGGCGUGAACUUUCUGCCCUUUGCACAGUAGCCAGUCAACGCAGCAAGCUUGUUGCGCACUCAGUGCUUUCUAUUCUCAUGUGCCACUGGUACAUCUGUAUUAGAAGACAAGCUAACCACUUUCAUUAAGACAGCCAUGUUAAACCUAGUGCAGAUUUUCCAUAGAAGCCACAAGGCACAUCGCUAAAGUAACAUGGUUCCUAACCAGUAUAUUUAAAAAAUGCUGGGUAUGAUGGUGAUUUUUAUUUUUUUUUUUUUUAAAGUGACACCAACACUUCAAUGAAGAAAGCGUUCAAACUUUGACAUGAUUUUAGAUGUGUUGUUGGAUUACUUUUACUCACAAUGUGUUGGUAUUUUGUAAAUGAACUGGCAUGAGAAUGAAUGCAGUAAUAACGUAUAUACAGAUAAAUCUGUACACUUGGCAUUUAGUUUAUUAAUAUUUAAAUGCAAAGCUAUUUAAUCUGGCUGAUUAUGUACUGUUUGUCCUUAAACGUUACACCCCAUGUUAAAUGAUUUUGGAAAUAAUUUUUUUGCAUGAUUCAGUUAGACCAAUAUUGAUCUAAGGUGAAUCAAUAAGACGUUAUUGGUUUCACUUACAGAAUGCAUGAGUUCUGCUUUCUCUGUGCCAGAAGGGUGAGCAGGAUCUGCUUUGUGGUGCACUAUGCUUUGUCGCUGUAAGGGUUAAUAAUGAACUAGCAUGUGUUGUAUUGUAGCACUGUAUAAUUGCAGGCAUUUACUAUGCAGUGAUUUUACUUCUUUCCUGUAGACAUUGCUGAAGGACCCGUUCUAUAUGGGACUUUACCAGAAGAGGGAUCGCACUGAGCUUUACGAUGAACUAAUAGAUGAGUUUAUGGACGCUGUCACAGACCGGUAAGGGAAAGUACCAUGAGGCCGGUAAAGCAUCAUGGGAGUUGUAGUUACUUAAAACCUGUUGGUCUGUUUAUUUGCAGCUCCUGGUCCUAGACAUUCAUCUUUUAUCUUAAAUGUCUAAUUUGUGGCUAGUAUAGGGUCUCCCUAUUAAAUAUAGAAGCCCUAUAUAUAUACUUAGCUUCAAAGCAUAUCUGAUGAGUUUUAUUCACAGAUCUAUUUUUUUCUUUAGAAUUCCUGUUUACACAUAACCACAAUCCUGCCCUACUUACAUAGUUGCACAAUAAUAAAGAUAAUGUAGAGGAGAGCAAUCCUAUUUAGAACUCUCAUAAUACUAUGAUUACUCUGUAUUUAGCGCAGGACUGGGAUUAUGUAACAUAGCAGUUAUAGUAGAAAAUAAUAUGUCCUUGUUUAUUGCUUCAUAUAUAGAACUUAGUAACUGCUUUUAAAACCCUUUAAUAAUUUCAUAUUAAAAACCCUUGUGCUUUGUAACUUCUAAUUUAGUUUUUUUUUUUUUUGGAAUGGAAUGUAACACAUGGCUGAAAAUACCAGCUUGUGACAGUAAGAAAAUUAACUAAACCAUCUACAUUGCAUAAUAUAGGUUAAACUGGUUCAUUUAAAGCCUCUUGUUUUAUAAUAGAUCAGUAGGAGGUGAAUAGUGUGCUCAUAGCUCAAACCAUUUGUAAGGUUUGUCAACAGACUAUAGCUUAAUAAGUUUACUGCAAAAUCUUGAUAUGUAUCACUGUGUGUGGUGUCGACCAUAAGGGGACCAAUGUUAGACAUGUAAACAAAAUCAGAAAAGAAAAACAGGGAGGGUUUGCCCUGGUGAACGACAGGAAGAGACUUAAUGUGAAGUUACAUUAUCAUACAAAGAGCCUUGGGUGGGCCACUAUGUUAAUGUUAGAACUUUUAGUAACCCCAGAGCAUUUGGGAGGGGAGGACAGGGGGGGGUGAGGGGGGGGGGGGUUUAUGCUCCCAUUCCCUGGUUUGAAAAAGGAUUACCAUGUAGCAGAAAGACGCUGCUAGCACAGUGGAUGAUCUAGGAGCCUACGGACAGGUGUAUGCCCUUGGCCUGCAUCUGUGGAAGGAUGGAAGCAAACAAGCGUCAGACAAAAUGUGGCAUUUCUCCCUCCUCCACAUCCUCUAGUACCUCUCUGAGCUUUCUAGUCCUACGCUUGCUAUUCUCAUCCAAGGAGGCCUUUCCUGCCUGCAUGGUCCCAAAAGAUGCUUGAAGACCCAAUACAGCUAUAUCCUCCUCCAUAGCUUUAAUCCGGUCAGUUAGGGCCACACGAUCUUCCCUGAUCUCCUUUAGUUGCUGGAGCAGAGUAACGCUUCGUGGGAGCCAUCUGGGUAAGCUGUGUGCAUUGUGUGUCCUAAGUCCUCCUCCUCUGAGGAGUGAGUGAGUGCAGGAUUCCAGUGGGCCUCUGAGAUUGCUGCAACAGGCAACCAACAUCUCUGGAAACUUCACUCACAGCUGCUUUAAGCUUUUUCAAGUGUUUGUCUAUGUUAGGGAGAUACAGGAAAAAUGCAGAUCUGUCUUCUUCCAUGGGGUAGGGUCAAAACAAAUUGGGCUAUUGGAGUUGAAAGUCUCGGAGCUCAUGCGGCGUGAGCUUGUCUCUGUUGCUGGUUGCUCCACCCCCCUUUCUUAUUUUCUUUUAAUGCACCUGAGCUACCUGUUUGUUUUUUUAUCCGAUAGUCUAGUCUAAAAACUGGCUUUUCCAUUAAUCAGAUUUCGACCUAUGUAAUCUGUUGCUUUAUGCAGCAGAUUUCUCUCCCUCCUUUUUUCCUUGGGAGAACGUUUCAUAAAUAAAAAAUGUUUUUUAGUUUAUUUGGUUUGAUUUGUUUGUCAUUAAUGUUUUAUAUGUAUAUUACGUUAGCAGGCUCUGUCCUUAAUGGCUAAUUUACUAAAGCAUAUUUUAAGUCUAAUGUAGCACUUUUAAAGGAAGCCUCUAUGCGCAAUAUCCUCUUACGCUUUGUGCAAUCACACUGGGUUUUGUCAAACCACUUUCAAAUGGUCGGACAAAAAGAAUUGAGGAUUCCCCAGCACCCAACACAAAAUCAGUUGUUAGUGGACUAUGUUUCUGUUGAUGGCCCUUUUUUUUUUAUUUUUUAAUAAUUCUCCUCCCCCUUGAAUCUGAUGUACCAAACGAUACAUUUUGAGAAAGGUGGUUUGUUUUUUUUGGUUUGUUUUUUUAUGCUGAUCGUGUAAUUUUAUAUCUUAUAGUUAUGGCCAAAAUACACUUAUCCAAUUUGAAGACUUUGGGAACCACAACGCCUUUCGAUUCCUUAGGAAGUACAGAGAAAAAUAUUGCACCUUUAAUGAUGAUAUUCAAGGUAUGAAUUGUUUGUUCAUUAGUAUUGAAUUGUUAUAUUGUGUUUGGUGGAUUUGAAGCAAUUUGUUUAUUACUGUACAUUUAAGAAGUGCUAAUAGCAUUGUGCUCUUAGUGGCCCAGAGAUCUGCUGAGAUUUCUGUAAAUAAACCUAAAAAUAAAAAACAUUCACAACAGUUGGCUAACUUAACCCUUUCACAUCCAGGCCAAAAAAUCAACUCAAAGUGUUAAACUACAAAAACAUGAUGCUUAGUGAAUGCAAAGUAUGGAUAAAAAAAAAAAAACAUUCUUGUCAGGAUUGUUUGAUUGUGGCAAUGUGACAUGCACUCCCCCCCUCAUUUCCUCAAUUCCAACUCUCUCCUUGACCCUCUUCAAUCUGGCUUCCGCCCUCUCCACUCUACUGAGACUGAUCUUAUCAAAGUUACUAAAUAUCUAAUUGCAGCUAAAUCCAAAGGCCACUACUCCAAACUAAUUCUUCUUGACCACUCUGCUGCCUUUGACACUGUUGAUCAUGCUCUCCUUCCUCAAACACUGUGACUCUGUCCUCUCGUGGUUUUCCUCUUAUUCAGUGUCCCCUAUUCUAAUGAUACCUCCUCCCUUUGUCCUGUCUCGGUUGGAGUCCCCCAAGGCUCUGUCCUUGGUCCCCUUCUAUUUUCUCUUUUUACUGCCUCUAUUGGUAAACUUAUUACUUAGUUUGGAUUCCACUACCACCUGUACGCUGAUGACACCCAGAUUCAUCUCUCCUCCCCGGACCUCUCCCCUGCCGUCCUGCAACGUGUCACUGCUUGCCUUUCUUCCAUCUCAUGUCCUCCCGCUUUCUGAAACUCAAUAUCUCUAAAACUGAGCUCCUUGUCUUUCCUCCUCCUAAGACUGAUCCUACUCUUUCGCUCUCCAUUUAAAUUACUGGUAUCCACAUAUGUCCAUACUUGAUUCUAGCCUCACCUUUGAGCCUCACAUCCAGUCUAUUACCAAAUCCUGUAGAUUCCAUCUUAAAAACAUAGCCCGCGUCCGCCCCUUUCUUACACAAGAUACUACCAAGGAGAUUGUCCAUGCUCUAGUAAUUUCCCGCAUGGAUUAUUGUAACCCUCUCCUAAUAGUGCACUCAAUUGAGGUAGGUAUACACGCAGUAAUAUGAAAUGUACUUACUCUUGGUGGAGUUAGGCAUAGAUUGUAUAAUCCCCACCAAGGAUUCUUUGUAUGGUUCCAUACAGAUGUAAAGUGCCAGGUAAUAAAUAAAAUAAAAGGUUAAAAAAGUAUAUGGCUUUCUACAAACUGUAAGGUAGCCAAAAAUACUUUAUUAAACAAAAGAGAAUAUUAAACAAAAGAUGUGGUUUUAUAAACUAUUUUUGGCUACCUUAAUAUAUUGAAUAUGGAUUAUCUUUGAUCUAAAGACUGUAUUUUACCUACUGGUAUUCAUUAUUUUAUUUUUUUUGGACUAUCAUAUAUUUGUGUUACUGUAUCUCCAGCCAAUUUCUGUACUCUGCAUUCUGUUUUCUAUAUUAUUUACUAACUUUUGGCGCUACCUAUUCCUUUGUAUACUUGUCUAGUUCUCCUUUAGGGUUAGAGGGAAUCCCCUAUUUCAGGUGUGCUGCCUCUUAUAUGCAUUUUGUUUAGUUGUUUAGCGCUGUCCCCACCUUGUUUGUUUUGUAGUGUAAAGUAGAGAUUGUCGGUUAUGUUUAUACAUCAGUGGCAUAACACAAGGAGCCUAAUUGGACUGCUCUUCCCUCAGGAGAAUGCCUAUUUUCCCUUUUUAGUGGCACGUGGAUAAAGAAUUGUCUAUUUUAGUCAUAACUGAAAUCUGAUUUCAUGUAAGGUCCUGUAAUAAUUGCCUUUUUUUGGAGAUCGCAUGACUCCUCUGUGUGGGCGUCACAGGUAGAGGUACCAUAAAGUCUGACAGACCAUCUCAGCGAUCAUACAGUGUCCCAUGUCUCUCAAUUCUUCCAACAGAGGGAAGGGAUACAUAAUUCUGGAGACAUCCUAAUAAGUCAUGAAUCCGAAGGUUGAGUGAUUUAGAAAUCUUUCCAUAUCCAUGAGAUGGCAGAAUGUUCACACAACUCAUGCUUUACAAUUGUGUAUCUUUUAUAUUCCUUGGAAUUUUUAGGUUAGGAUUAGUGUUAAUGCAAGUGUUAGUGCACUGAAUGGAGUCAAAAAAUUCUACUAGCAAUUUGGUGAGUGGAAAUUCUGCCCUUUUGGAAGGGGGAGCAUUUUUAUUUUCUGAUUUUUCUUGGCCUUUGAGGGAAAUAUUAUGGAGUACCCAGGCAUUAGCACAAGGCAUCCUGCAAUCACAAUUGUGCAGCCACAAGCUAAAAAUGUCAGAUACUCUGCGUGUCAUUUGGGGACAGGAUAGGUAAGCUUGCUUCUGCAUUAAUGAUGUUUAAAGUUAUAGCCAUGGGGUAAUGUUUACUGGUAGCGCAGGAGUUAUAUAAAUUAAUAGUAUGUUAGGGUAGUGUGUGACAAAUUGCUGCCUGAGAUUAGUAUGAGUUACAAUCCCAAGGAGCAGCUGUCACAAAUAUUGAAGCAAGUGUCAGUGGGGUGUGUAACUUCCCUUAACUUUGGACAGAUUACUGCCCCAAGACUGCAUGGAGGUUGUCUAAGCAUUAUAACCCAUUCAUUACAGAAAAAAAAUGCAUAGAUGACAUGUAUUGUGCUCUAAUGUUUCCAGGGACUGCCUCCGUAGCACUGGCUGGACUGCUCGCAACACAAAAUGUCCUCGGAAUACCAAUUACAGAGCAAAAUGUCCUUUUCCUCGGAGCAGGAGAGGUAGGAAUGUUAAAUAAUGCAUUUAAUGGAACAGUAAUGUGUGAACUUUAUUAAUGAAAGUAAUUGAGGGUAUUUACUAACUCCAAACGGUAUCAUACAUAAAUUAACCCAACAUUCUGCACUAGUGGUUAUUUUUAUUGGCUUUCAUUUUAAAUCACUUUUAGUAAUAAGAUUUAUUUAAUAUUACUUGUAUGCACUGUUUCAUUAUUGUACUUAUGUUUAUUUUGUUUUGUUUGUUUGGGGGUUUUUUUUUUUUUUGUCUGUCUACUUUUUAUAGGAAAAGAAUUCUUUGUUGGGUAUAUAGUAAUUAGCAAAGCAUUUUCCAGGAACCAUAUAUUUAAAUAUCUAAAGUUUCCUAGAAUGACCUGAGGUAUAGGAUAACUAGUGGCAUAGUACCUUUUGCAUAGGGGCUCUAUUGGACCCCAUAAUUGUACAUUAGCCUAAACGUUUGCACAAGGGUCUGUAGGAUCUGUUAAAGAGGCACUUUAAGCACCAUAACCACUACAGUGUUCUAUUGCGGUUAUGAUGCCAGCAUGCCUGUAUCUGUUUUAACUAUUGUUCCAGAAAGGAGGAUAAUGUUUUUUUAGAUGGACAUGCAUAGUAACUGCUUAUUGAGUAAUGAUGAGGGUCCUUAUUCUGAUAUAAAUUUGUACCAUGCUUUGUGACUGGAAUCUGGCAGAUCGUGCACAUUUUAUUUGAUGUAUAAUGCACAUUUCCUGUUUUGACCAGGCUGCUCUUGGGAUUGCAAACCUCAUAGUUAUGGCAAUGAUGGAAAGUGGUCUCUCAGCAGAAGCAGCUCGGCAGAAGAUCUGGAUGUUUGACAAAUUCGGUCUAUUGGUUCAGGUGAGUCAAAGAAGAGACUGCAGUCUUGGUUCCUGCAACAUGCCAGUCAAAGGGAGAUGCACCCAACCUAUAGGUUGACGAACCCCAAAGUAACUGGUGCCGGGACAAUUUAUAUAAUUUCACCUUUCAUCUAAAUACAUAUUGGUUCAGGUGAGACCUGGAGGCUUAAGAUGAGUAUCUGCGAUUGGUAACCUUUUUCUGUUAAGCAUUAGUUACACUUCUAGCAGGAAACCAAUCCAUACUUUGUGCUAAUUUGUAAGCAAUGUUUAAGUAAGCAGGCUUCCUUUUACACUUUUUGGGACCUAACUUAUGGAGCUAUAUACAUCUUAUUUAUUUUCCUAUUUUACACUCACAUGUACAUAUGAGACGCAUUGUACACAUACAAAGGAGAAUAGUUUAUAGAUUUAUUUAUUUUUUGGUUUGUUUUGAUAGAAGCUCUGAUAUAUUGUUUAUACGGGAUGGAAACUUCCUUUAUUGUUUAAUUGUAAUACAUCUAGUUGCAACUUAAGAUAAAGGAGUGAGGUUAUAUAUAUAAUUAAUUUUCUUCUGACCGGUCCUGGCAUUACUUUUUUUUUUAACUUUAUUUGUUUUUUAAAGUAUAUUAUUUAAGAACAUUAUUUGAGUAUUCCAAGGAUCCUGUUUAUAAUGCAGCAAUCCUAUCACUUACAGCUAGCUUAUAAACUGCAUGAGGCUGGAGCCGAGGGGCUUAAUCAGGAAUUUCACACUGAAUGGUAUUUCUAUAAUGGCUUUAUAGGUAAAUCAUCCCUCUCUGGAUUCCAAAAUCCUGUUUUUAAGCCCUUAGCUUCCCAAACUAUCACCAACCAGACAAGUAUCACAGACCUGACUAGCAAUGAAACAAUGCAGAAAUGUGGCUAUUUUUGUAUUGAGAUAUAUUUCUAUGUGUGUAUCUCUAUCUAGCUUUUAUUUAUUUAUUUUUAAAAAAAUACUUUUUAACAGGGUCGAGAAGAAACCGCAGAUGGCAAUCAGGAGUGCUUUGCACACCCUGCCCCAGAGCAGACGAUUAAAACCUUCCUUGAUGCGGUGAAUGUAUUAAAGCCAACUGCAAUAAUUGGUGAGUUUUACAUCAUUUAAUACCUUGAAUACUAAAGCAUCCUGCCUCUGAUUCUUCCGGCAACAAGUAAGGAGCCAGGCUGCCAAGUAGAGGUGUAUAUUUAAUAGUGGAAUGCAAUACUGUGAAUCAGUGUUUAGAAUUGAGGGGGAUUGUACCUGCAUUGAGCUGAUUUUAACAUUACCAAUGCUGUGUAGUAUCUAGCAAAGGUGUGUGUGUGUGUGUAUGUAUUUAUGUGUGUGUGUGUAUAUUGCAUUCAGUGUAGUUUGACUGGUAUUUAAAAUUAAACCAUGUUAUGUAAGGUUGUCACUACACACUAUGAUGGUAACUUUUGUAUGUGCUAGUAGUAAUUGAUGUGUGUUUUAUUUUGUUUUUUUUAAACCAAUUCUUUAAGCUGUAUGAAUUUUCCUUUUGACUCCAUAUUCUGUGCUUCUCAUAGAGCAGGCAGGACCCAGGUUACAUUUCUUUCCUGUGUAAUUUCCUCUCAGGUGUCGCGGGAGCUGGCCCACUCUUUACAGAAGAUGUAAUCAAAGCAAUGGGUUCGAUUAACAAGAAACCAAUCAUCUUUGCUCUGAGUAACCCUACAGCUAAGGGUGAAUGCACAGCCGAGGAUGCAUACACACUGACAGAGGUGAGAAUGUUGAACCAUUCUGACUAGAGUUGUGGAUAUCUUAAUGAGAUUUUUAUUUUAUUUUUCUGGAGCUUCAUGGAACACUCCAUUGCAGUUGUUUUAACAAUUUAGUAGAUAUACCCGUAAAUGUAUUUACAUUUCUGCUUGUUUUCUUUGGGGGUAAAUGGGAAGAAAAAAAACAGCUUGCAAAAGCUGCACAUCUGCUGUCUGCAACCUUUUCAAGCCCUCCCCUUUUUCAAAGCAAAAUUUAUGAUCAAAAAGAUAGUAUUCUGAAUUCCUACAAGCGAAUUAACCCUUAAUAGGGCACACAUGGAGUUGGCUGAAGAACUCCCACUAUUUGUGGGUGGCAUCAAGGUCUACAUCCUUUAAAACAACAGUAUUCAAGCGCCUUUAAAACAGAGCCAAGAAGUUACUAGCAAGCUAUUUUUACUGUCAGUACAAUAAGCAUUAAAGUUUAAGCUCGCCUGACCUUAUAAAAAACAAAAUACCUCUUAAUUGAGACUCUUUUGGCUUGGAAGGUGAGGUGAGUCUAACGGCCAUGGCAGUGUAGGGGAGCAAUAUAGGCACCAACAAAAAAUGCUGACUUAGCAUGUUAUAAAGGGGCAUUGAAACCAAUUCCAACUUAUUGUAUUUGUUAUGGUGCAGUGAGUCUUUUGGUUCCAUUUCAUUCUUCUUUUUUUUUUUUUUUUUUAUUUAUCGUGUAGGGGCCAUGCUUUUGGUGGUGGGAGAUGGCUUGAGAAAAAAUGAUGGGGAGGUGCACUUAAAAACCCAUUUCAUUCUUCUUGCAUUUUUUUUUAAAAUAAAUAUUCUUUCAGUCCUGACCCAACAUUGGGUAGCUGCUACAUCAAUAACUGCAAGUCAAGUCCCAAAAAGUUUGAGAAAGCAUUAAGUAAACUAUCCACCUUCAUUAUAAACCUUCUGUUUCUCAAUCAUCUUUCUGUAGUUUUAAACUGAAAUGCCCCUUCAAACUAUUUCCUUUUUAAUAGAGUUUAAAAGGUGCUCAUCUAGAAUAGAGUUUAGGAGUAGUAGCCAAAAAAAAAUAAUAAUAUAUAUAUAUAUAUAUUAUUAUUAUAUAUAUUAUUAUUUUUUUUUGGCUACUACUCCUAAACUCUAUUCUAGAUGAGCACCUUUUAAACUCCAUUAAAAAGGAAAUAGUUUGAAGGGGCAUUUCAGUUUAAAACUACAGAAAGAGACAAUAGUGUGUGUGUGUGUGUAUGUAUGUAUGUAUGUAUGUAUGUGUGUGUGUAUGUAUAUAUAUAUAUAUAUAUAUAUAUAUAUAAUAUGAGAUCUUUUUCACCUGUAAACUGGAAGGGCCUAAGUGCAGUUAGAAAUUUGCUGCUGAAUUGCAUGUUUACCAUGUGCUCAUUUUCUGUUCAGGGACGCUGUCUCUUUGCCAGUGGGAGUCCAUUUGAUACGGUAACUUUAAGUGAUGGAAGAUCCUACAAACCAGGACAAGGGAACAAUGCUUACAUAUUCCCAGGUAAGAUCGGGAUUAAUGGUUUUACGGAUUCAUGAAAUCUAGGAUUCUGACACAUCCGUUUUUAACAACUAAACAUUCUACUAAUAUUUAAAAAAAAUAAAUAAAUAAAAUUCCAAUUUUGUUUUAUUGAGGCAUCGUGAGCAUAUAAUAAAGAAAGAAGAAACCGGGUUAUAUCAGCCAUAACAUAUUUUAUUAAAGAUUGCCUCAUGUUUAUGAUCAAGAUAGAAAAAGAAAAACUUAAUAAAACGAAUAUGCUGGAUGAGCCUUGAAAUUCAGAACAUGUGGAGUCUGUAAUGAUAAUUGAAAUACGGUCACACUAAACAUUACAGGGAGACGAUGAGUUAAUUUAAAUGCUGAUGGGGUAAGCCAUGCUCUACAUGAGGUGGAAUGAGAGUAGCACAGUGCAGGUCCAGCUAAGUGAAAACCUGCACGUAUAGUUCAUAGAGCUAGGCCUUGAACGUACAAAACUUUCCAGAUAUGGGGAGAUAAACCAGAGUGAAACAAAUAGGCAACAAGUAAGUAAAGCUGAACUGGCAGACUGAGCAUAAAAAUGAAGGCUCAUGAGUAAAAAAUCAAGAUGUUGCGUAAGCUCGUUUAAUGAGGGUCAACAUGAAGAGUACCAGAGGCAGUCAUAAUUCACGUCCCUCCAGGUGUAUUAAGAAGGUUGUCAGGGCGUCUAUGGGCUGUGUAGGUGGUUGUCAGCUCUAGGGAGGGCAGAAGCCUCAGGCCUGCUCUGGUGAUCGUUGUAGAAGGGUUCCAAUAUUCCUUGACUCAGUCAUGGUGUCAGCUGGCCUUUUCUGAGAGCGGUGUCCCCAUAGUCUGCUUCCCAACUAUUUAUGUUGGGUCGAUCCCACUUAGCUGCUUGGCAGAGGUCUGUCGUUGACGAUCUGCCUAGGUGGGAAUCUAGCCUGCUGAGAAGUAGGUCGCAGCCCUGCAGUUCAGGUUUUUUUUUUUUCGCCCUUUGGGGCAACAGGGUGAUGCCUCGAAAUGGUGUCGGUGUGUCUCACCCCGGGUUAAUGGUUAAACGGUAGAUAUUUUGCAGGUAGGCCACAAACUAUAGCAAAACAAAGAAUAGAGUCAGCGCUAAUCGGUUUAGAAGGAGAAAAAGGCAGCAGUCCCAGACAAGGACUCCCUCAAAUGUCCUUGGAAUAGCAAAUAAAUAGGGGAUGGGUCUGCGCCAAUAUACAAAAUAAGUUACAAUAACAAGUCCUGAAUGGGAUAGUAAAACGGAGUUCAGUAGAGUAGAGUAUUGGAUCUUAUAUGUGGUCUCCGAAGUUGUAAGGUUCUUCUUGUUGCGGUAUCCAAAAAUGUAGAGGAAGGUGGUGGGUGAUGAGACAGAUGAUCCAAAUAGUAAAAAUAGGAGAGGUCUUACUUACAGUUGGCAGAGCUUAAUCCAGCUCUGGUGUGAAUGGCUUGCAGCGGUAUUAUCCCCACUUACAGGAUAUACGGUGAGUAUCCUCUUCUCUGCAGUGCCAGACGGCCAAGUGGGAGAUAAAAAUGGAAACAAUAAUGGUGCAAUAUGUUCCACACGUGAAAUAAAAGAUGUUAAAAUAUAGUAGAUACACUCACAUUCGGUAGAGCUUCUGCUAGCUCUAGUGUUGUAGGCAUACAGCGGUAUAAUCCCCACUUGUAGGAUAUAAGAUGAGUGUUCUUGAAGGUAGUAUCAGGAGCUCGGAGAGAAGAUAAAACAGCGAUAGUGCUCUCAAUAAAAUAUUGUUGUAUAAAAUAUAAUAAAAUAUACUCAGUGUAUAGGGCAGGCUAACUGCUCUAUGACAAAGGCGUAGGUGGUAUAAUCCCCACCUGGGAUUCUUUGGAGUAUAAUACCAGGAAAUAAAAUAAAUAAAAGGAAAAUAAGAAAUAAAGUAUAAAAAAUAUAUAUAUAGCCAGGUAGUGAUCAAAAGAUAAUGGUAUAGACGUAAAAAAUGACCAAAAUCUAUUUAUUAACAGUAUAUAAAAACAGUACAAUAUCCAAACGCGUUUCACCAUAUAAGGCUUUAUCAAUGGAUAAAAAACUUUUCAACCUGGCUAGUUGGGAUUUAUAUAGGAAUAGAACAAAUUAAAAUUGGCGCCAAAAUUGUACAGACCAAUCACAAAGCAAAUAAUUAUUGCACAUAAAUAACAUUUCAUGAUUAAAAAUAUAUAAAUAUAACUUAUAAGAUACAUGUAGUGUGAUUUUUUUUAAUAUAAAAACGAGCGUUAUUAAAUGAGAAUUUUAAUAUUUUCGGCCGGAACACAUGACGCACAUCAUGAGCGCGACGUCACUUCCAGCAGCACGGUAUUAUGGGACAUGUAGUCAGGAAGCGAACUACAUGUGUGUAGUUUUGCUGGCAGUAGGAUAAAGUCCUAUAUUGGGCUAAUAGAGAAGGGGGAGUGGCCGAGGACCGGAAGAGGGGAGUGGCCGAGGGUCGGCUGGAAAAGGGGCUGAUGGGGAAGGAGAUGAUGGCGGCAGCCAUCUUGGUUGGGGAAUAGGCUUAUUAAAGCUUUAAUGCCCAUAGCAAGUGGCCAUAUUGCUUGCGGUACACAUAAGUACCUAAUAAAAAUAUGAAAAACAUAAAAUAAAUAUAAGGAAAUUGUAACAGACUAAUAGAGGAGAAGAACAUAUAUACAGCCAGCAAAAACCUAAUAGUAAUAAAUAGUAAAAAUUUAUAGAAUAAUAAUAGUGUAAAUAGUCAAAAUAAUUAUAGAAUAUACAUAGGUAGAUAAUAAAAAGCAGAUAAAAUGUUAUAUAAAAUUAAAUGAAUCAAAAUCCGCGUUUAAACCAUUCAGGACUUGUUAUUGUAACUUAUUUUGUAUAUUGGCGCAGACCCAUCCCCUAUUUAUUUGCUUUCACAAACUAUAAACUGCAAUACUUUUAUUUGUGCAUUUAAAGCGACCCUGCCACUCCGAACUUACCUUUCUCCUAUUGUUUCCUCUUCUCUUCCUCCCUCAGAAUCUGUUCUUAUCUCGUUUUCUUUAAAAAUAAGACAAAGUACUUUAUCUCAUCUAAUUUUCCUACGCUUUUCUUUCUUUGACCUAAGGAGGAACUAAAGCCAGCUCCAUUUCCCGUGUCAGAGAAAGUACUCCCCCUUCUCUUUGACACAGGAAAUAGAGCUGGCUUAGCUCCUCUUUGUGUCAAAGAAAGAAAAGCGUAGGAAAAUUACAUAAGACAAAGUAGUCCCUAUUUUUUCCUAUGUUUAAAACAAAAAUCUAGAUUAUAAAUAAUGAAAAGAACAGAUUCUAAGAGGAAAAGAAGGGGAAACAAUAGGAGAAAGGUAAGUUUGGCGUGACAGUGCCACUUUUAAGGAAGGUAAACUCUCAGGAAAUAUAAAAAAAAGAUUCACACACCGGGAGCUAUUUAGAAAAUGAUUAAGUUUAUUUUUGGUGACCGUGCUGCUUUAACUGGAAGAAUUUUAAUUACAUCAUUUAACACAAAAAGCUAAAUAGUGUUUUGGUUGCAAAUCCUGGAAACGCUUUUUUCUUAAUAUUCAGAUCGGUACAUGGUGGAUUUUAAAAUUAUUUUUUCUUUACCUUUGUAAAUUGCUUUAACGCGAUGAUAUCAACCGCUCUAAAACUUUGUAAUUUAAAAGCUUUUUAUUUUCCACACAGGUGUUGCUCUGGCUGUCAUUCUAAGUGGUGUUCGUCACAUAAGUGACCGGGUAUUUCUUGAAGCUGCAAAGGUGGGUAGACCUGUAACAAUGUAACUUCUCCAUGCGACAGGCUGUUAUUAGGUGUGCUGCGUGUUUGCCAACUAUACUAUAUCAUAUACAUACCACACCCCUAAAGUAUAACUAAUCAAUUGUGUAUUAGAAAUGUGUAUUGUCGUUUCACAUUUUAAUUCUAUUCAGAUCAUUUGAACUCUUUUCAGAAUUGGGGGGUGGAAAGGAAAGAGCCUAUGUAACCCCUUAGUGACCAGGCCAUUUUUCAAUGUUAUUACCGUUAAGGACCAGGGUUAUUUUUACAUUUCUGCAGUGGUUGUGUUUAGAUGUAAUUUGUCUCUUACACAUUUACUGUACCCAUACAUAUUAUAUACCGUUUUUCUCGCUAUUAAAUGUUCAUUCUAAAGAUACCAUUAUUUUCAUCAUAUCAUAUAAUUUACUAGAAAAAAAAAAGUUAAAUAUGAUUAAAAAUGGAAAAAAAAAAAACACAGCUGGCCAUCAUGCACCCAUGUCCCAGUUAGAACAUUUCUGAAGCCGGCCAAUGUAAUUCACCCCCGUCAGACCGUAUGAUUUUGAAAAGUACACAUCCUAGGGCAUUUCACAUGGUGGCAUUUCAACACUUUACAUGCACUAAUUCUACCACCAGUCUCUGUCAAACAUUUUUGUGGUGUUAUUUUUUACUCACACAUUCUACUUUGGGCAUAGAUUCUCAGCUCCUUUUAGGUGUUACUGCCAAAGGACACCCCAAUAUGUGCUCGGCAACAUCUCCCGAGUACAGCGAUACCACCCAUGCAUAGGUGUGUUGGGUUCACUGGGGGGGUGCAAAGCAAAAUGUCUGAUAUGCGUUAUUUUUCAAAUUUUACAUAUCCUGUUUGCCUAUCUUCCUUUUGGGGGCCUUAUCAGAUAUCCCAAUGUAUUUUCUUGCCAUGAGCGUGGAUAUAUUUAAAAAGUUGACACCCCGCAGUAUUGUAUAUGGAGUGUUUUGAUGCCUUAGAUGCAAUCAUUUUAGUCAAAAAGAUUUUAGAAAUCCCUAAAUCUCUCUAGCUAAACCACAGAUCUCUCUCCCUCUCUUGCUAAAACACAAGUGAAGAGCGGGAGGCAGAUCCACACUAAUCAGAGAAAUGGGGAACACACUUGGGAUGAAAUUGCUAAUGGGGCAAGCUGGGAUUGGAUGACCCCAGUCUGCCCCUUAUGAUGAGGCAGGCUAGGGACACCCCCAGAGGCCCCAUGAUUCACUGCCUUUAGAAAGGGAUGGGGGGGGUUAAUAUUGAUCAUUUUAUUUAUUUUGUUAUAUAUAUAUAUAUAUAUAUAUUAUAUAUGCACUGAGUGCCAGGACCCCUCGAGGCACUCAGCACAUGCAGAGCAUCACUGCAAUACUAUCAGAGCUACCAGCGCUCAAAAUAGCUUCGGACCGUUUUUUUGCCAGACGUACCUGAUAUGUCCGCGGUCGGGAAGGGGUUAAACUGUGUAUGGUCUUUUAACCUUGAUAAACUUAUGACUGUCCGCAUUCUCUAGAGUUGUUAUACCUGCUUUGUUCAGAUAGUCACUGGAGUGCAGUUUCCAUAAUUCAGGGGGUAGAGGUUUGUGACUGUUAUGGCAACAGUUGCUAAGUUUGUGUAGAGCUUGUUUCAUUUAGCCUUUAAGUGAUGUUUAGUUCUCACAAAAGCUUUGAAUUGGGAAAUAAACAUUUGUACAUAGAGACCAGAUUAUCUCUGAUUCAUUUAAUACUUGGAAGGACUUUGAGCUUGGUUUAAAUCCAACUAUUCUUUAAAAAGCGCAGAUGCAGUGUCUGUGAAAAUUGGGAUUACAGUUAUGUUAAAAUUCGGGAAAAUCUAAUAUUUAAAGUAUGAAAUAUUCGCAGUCCAACUCAAAACUUUUAUAGCUCAGUACAGAUUUAAUAAUAAUGUUUUUUUUUUUUUUUUUUAUUAUGAUCCCUCCCCCACUUGUCAAUCAAUUCUUGGCACAAAAGUCUAUGCAAGAGGUCUAAGUCAAGGGUUGAGUGACAUGGGAGUUCAGGAGAAUCCACCUACACAAAGUUCUAUUACUUUCCAUCUUAUUACUCUAGCAAGCAUAUCUUUCAGUUGCUGCAGGAAUACAGGCACAGAAUAACAGAUGUCACUCCAUUCUGACUUUUAUGUGCUGGUAAUUGAGCCAACAUGACUGUGUCAUUUGAGGAGGAUUGUCUUGCUUGGGGACGUGCUCCCAAUCAGGGCCAAGCUUAUCAGUGAGGGUAGUAGGAAGAAGUCACCAGAGGUUUACCUUACUGUAACUUCUACAAAGCUGUAGUGGUGGUUGUACUGUUGUCUGUGAGAGAUUUCCUGAAACUAUUAAAUAAAGCAUUUAUUGCAAUUUGUUUUCUUAUGCAUUAAUUAUAUUUUAACCUGAACAGCACCUUAACUGUUCGUUGGUAAUCAUGGUUCACAUGUCUACUAAGUUAAUAAAAUUGUUUUAAAUUCACUGCAACCUUUAAGGUGUUCAUUUGCUGAUUGUCUUACUAAUGUGAUUGUGAUAUUUUUCAGUCUUGGAAAGUCAUUGCAGACAAGUUUUAUUUUUGGUUUGAAUGGCAAAGAAUUACAGAUUAUUUAAAAAAAAAUAUAUAUAUAUAUAAAUAUAUAUAUAUUUUUUAUUUUUGUGCAUUGCAGUGCUGGGUAGAAUAGAGGGGUAAAAAUACAUGUUCAGGGUUAUUUAAGUGAGAAUUUGGGGGAUGUAUGUGAAUUCAAAAAACUUUUUAAAUCUAAGGCCAAAAUAACUGAAUUGGAAAAAUUCUUCCUGACAUAUGUUUCCAGUGUGGGUCUACAAUUUGGCAUUCAUAUUGAAUUCCCAACAAUUCUCAUUUUAGUAAAUAACCUUGAUUGUUUUUUUUUUUUAUGCGCUUCUAAAUUUUGCAAAUUUGUUUAAAGUUCAUUGCAGUUCACUAUUUACUGAAUAAAUUCUCUACUCCCAUCCCAUGUCUCGUGUAUGUUUGGUAUACUUACUGAUUCUCUGGUUUGCUGUAGGCUCUGGCAGAACAGUUGACUCCUGAAGAGCUGGACCAAGGACGUCUUUACCCACCACUGUCUAAUAUUCGAGAGGUUUCAAUAUGCAUUGCGGUUAAAGUAGGUGGAUUCUAUUCUGUGUUCUUUUCCUUGCUCCUUCCCAGAUAAAAUAGAUUUGUGUUUCUCUAGCAUUGUACGAAUAGAAUAAGUUGAUUGUCGACUCACCAAAACACACUGUUUUUUACAUAAACCUCAUUAGAUCUGGAUUGUUCCAUUUUGGGGCUUAUUGGCAAGGUGCACAAUUUAAACUACUACACAUCAUAUGCAAAUCAUGGAAUUAGGAAUUGCUUUUUGAUGAUUUUACUUGGAUUUUUUUUUUCUUCUUUCAUUUAUUUUUACUGCACAACUGUAAAUUGAAUUUUUAAGUUAUUUUUCCCACCAUGAUAUCAUAACUUGGGAACAGUCUAAGCAUCAAAAUCACUUCAACUUUAUUAGCUGUAUAUUUACAUUCAGUGUUUUAAACUUAUUAUAUUGUUUUGCUUCAUAAGCUAUUUGAUUAUGGUCUUUUAUUUUAUUUUUUAUAUAUACUGUUCUUUUUUUGUUGGGAAUUAUUCUUAAACAUUCCUAAAUGUUCUUGAACUGUAGCAUGUUUUGUAUCUAUUGAGUCUUCUCACCUCAAACUUUAUUUUUGUGUUUAACAAUGCUUUUGUCUUGUCUUCUAGGUCAUGGAAUUUGUAUAUAGAAAUGGCAUGGCAUUCCAGUACCCCGAACCCAUGGACAAGAAUGCUUAUAUUAGGUCUAAAGUGUGGAACACAGAAUAUGACUCUUUCUUGCCAGAUAUCUACGACUGGCCCGAGUAUGCAUCAACACCUCAUAGAAUGUUCUAGUUGCUAACCACACGGUUUUCUGGAAAUUUUCAUUUUUAAACCUAAGAAUGCACAAAAGAACACGUUUUUCCCAUAUCUGGUAGAACCAACAUUAGCUCAGCAUUCCCCCAGCUCCCAAUAUUCUAAACAUGUAUGAUCAUGUUGGAUACCGAGGGUCUGGCAUUACUGAAUCAAACUAGGAAACGUGGUGUAGAACAAAGUUGAGACUCUGUACAUCCACUCUGGAAAGAAGACCUCAACUGUAAUAAUAAUAAAGCCAGCUGUGUAUAUUAAUAUUGCUCCUCCCAGAUAUAGGAAAAAUAGCUUUGUGUUCAAAAUUUAAAAACCUCAGACAUUUGUUUUAUGGUUUUUUUUUUUUUUAAGUUUAGAUAUCUGGUUAAAGUUGGUUUGAAAUAAUUAAUAUUUAAAUAUCUAGAAGCUGAGCAUUUAUUCUGAACAAAAAGUUUGCGUUAGAAAUUCUAAACUUCCUGUGCCUUGAAACAAAGACCAAAAUCAGUUUCAACCUCAAAACCCUAUCGCAUUCCCCUGUUUGUCAUGUGUCCAUUUGUAUGUAUUUGUAUCCAAAUGAUUCCAUUCGUAUUCAAGGCAUUAUAAUCUAGUACCAAACGAACAAAUUUCCACUAUACCUGUUUGUAAGUUUGUUUGAAAGGGUCUACCUUUUCAUAUUAUCUUGUAUAUAGUUUGGUUUGUGUUCAGGGGCAACCCUGAGCAGUCCGGAAAUUCUGUGGACGGAGGUGUUUACAUUCAUUCCAAAUGAUGCACUUUUUUAGGGGGUUUAAGCCAGGGGGGGAUUUUUAAAUUCACAAUAUGGGGGGUUGGGAAUAAAAAUAACUCAAGUUCCUCUUUUUGUUGCAAAACUCUGGGAUUUGUAGCUUCUAUCUACAGACAAAGAAGUAACUGAAACUGCUGCUUGUGACUCUCUAAUUGUUCUCAAAGGCACUGCUGCACAUAUCCCAUGAACGCCUUCUCAUGGAGUAUUUUAUAGUCUUGAAAUGUCUUGCAAGCGAGCAGUGGAUUUCAUAUAAUUUAAUUUACAGAAUUUAUAGAAUAUUCUCUAUUCCUGUGUUGUUGUGGAAGGCCAUUGGCAAGGUUUUUAGCAGUAGGAGAAAGACCUUUACACUCUGUAUUUCAUAACUGACUUGUGAUGAUGUUGAUGUAGAACACCAUGCCCCCAUCAGUUCUCGUUUGAUCACACACUAACAUUCUAAGAACUGUAGACUGACAACUGCAGGAGGUCCAAGGAAGGAUACACUUGCAUCUCUCAGGCAGGAAGUGACAUCACAAAUUGACCAGGGAAGAAGUGACUUGGCUCCAAAUCAUGCCCACCGUCCAAAAAUGAAGGCCUUCAAAUAAAUUCUGUGGCUUCAUUUAAGUGUAAAACAUGCUUUUAGAUAAUAAUUUCCAUGUUCGUGUUCAUUUUAAACUAACUUAUGGUUUUAUUUUUUUAUUUGCUGUUUUGAGAAUGGAUCAGAUGAGUUGCUGAAAGUUUAAUUAAUGUGUAGAGUGAAUUUUAAUAAUUUCGUAUUAUGGCAGAAGAUGCUAUGUUACACAUUCAACCUGGUUUAGUUUACUUAGUUAAGUUUUUUUUUUUUAAGACAAUAAUACAAAUGAAACCGAAGAUAUUUAUAUUUGCUCACAAUGCAAAUGUUGUGGGCGUGGGUCAACGUCUCUGAUGUAGGAUUUAAAAUGGCACAAUAAUUACCAUUACAUAAUGGUGUAAUUGUAUCCCUGUUGUAAUGGAAUUGCAAAUCAAUAUUGACCUAAUUAGAACAACAUCCAGCUAAAUUCCAACUUGGGUUUAGAAAAAAUUACCACAAAAUAUAUUGUAUUGAUUUAGGGGCCAGGAAAAAAGAAGUGCUGUUUUUAUAUGCUGUCUGCUACUUUACAUCACUGUCUGUGUGGUGUGUAUUUUCUUUGUUCAUUAUUUAUUAGUAUGAACUCAUGAUAUCCAUUGUGAGAUCAUCUGAUUUUGUUAAUGGUUGUAAAAUCAAUACUGUUUAAUUGACCAGUGAUGUAAAAGUCAAUAUGAAAUAAUCUAAUGGAGGCUUCCAUAUAGGGCACAAAGUAACAGAUUUUUACUUUUAUACUAGCCGAAUAAUCUAGCUACAGUAGAUCAGAUUAUUCAUUUUCCUUCAUUAUUUGCAGAUUAAUAAUUUAACUGUACUAACGAGGAAUCUGUCUUUUUGGCAUCUAAUUCUGAUGGCAGACAAUCCGACUUUUCAAAUUGAUAUAGACACUUUUUUAGGUAGAUAUUCAUUUGACAAUAAUUUGCCAAAAAGGAUAAUGUAUGAUCUACUAUGUUGUUUUAUAAAGUAUUUAAUAAAUACUGAAGUGAAUAAAAAAUGGAAUGCAUGUCACAGGCUUUUAUUUAUUUUUAUUCUCAGCUUCAAUUCGAACUAAAGAAAAUGCCCAAAGUACCUAUUUUAUAUUUUCUUUUCAAAGUUGAUGGCCAAGUCUGUCCAAUUUAGUAAUGGAAAUUAUCUACGGUUAAAUAGCCCUUUGGCCACCCUUAGACCAGUGUUUCUCAAACCACUCCCCAAGACCCAACAAUAGUCCGUUUUGUCAGUAUCUCCAUUAUAAUAAAACAGGGAACUACUUAAAUCCUGGAUUGUAGGUGGUCCAUGAGGACUAGUUUGGGAACAUUCCAACGUACAGUCUCCAAACAGAUAGAGGUAGUCUUGCUUCUUUUCAGCUACAUAUCACAGUGCUAAUGAUAGAGCUAGAACUUUCAAUUGACCAUUGUAUUGCUAAAUGUGUGUCCUGUUUUUUUAUUGAACCUGUCCAUUUUUUUUUUUUUUUUUAUUGAUGGGUCUGUCAAUACAAACUUCCUUUGAGGAUAUUAAAAAGGACAUUAUUUAAUUUUAAAAGAUUAAUUACUACAACCACCAUGACCACUUCAGUUAUUUGAAGUGGUCUUGGUGGUCGGAAUCAAUGUGUGAAGUGUUUGAGCUUGAAGGGGCGUGAGAUAUCAUUGCCAAGAGCUUCACCUGACUAUGGAUUCACCUUUCCCCUCCCAAAAGGGUUGUAGUAUAACUUUAAGUUCUCUCAGGGAUGUUUUAUAAACUAGUAAUAUAACACAUCUGAUAAAUAACAUUGUAUAUGCAUAUAUACUAUGAUUUAUCAUCCAAGAAAUGGUAAAUCACCCAUCAAGAAUCAGUAGGUAGAAAAAUCACUUCAUGUUUUACCUGACAUUGUUCAUUAAGGAAUUAAGAUAUAGUUAUAUAUAUUUUGUUAUUUGUAUGAAAUGCAUAUGGAGGUAAGUGGCCAUGUGAACUCAAAAUUCUUGACUUCUAUUAACUCGACUUAAGGGAUUCACAAUACAGUUUAUUUAAAUGUUGCAGGCCAUCCUUUUUAUAUAAAUUCAAAACAAUACUAUCUCAACAAUAUUUGAAGUGUGAAUAGUGUGUAAUAAGUAUGAAUUAUACUUAUCUAAUGAUAAAAUUGGUUAGCCUCCCUGAGAUCACUUCCCAGAUAGUGUUCGCAAACAGAAUAUAGACUACAAAAAGAAAUAUGGGAAACUGCUAAAUCUAAAAGGAACAAAAACAAAUAGUGUAACACAGACCGUAUAAACGUGCGCUAUCAUUGAAUGCACUCACAAGAUAGAAAUGUUGGUUGCGCUCAAGGGUGCCUCCCCCGAUGUUGGGAGCCUUAAACCAGUCUGUAAUGCCCACUCGAAAUUAGGACUCCAGAUGCAAGUUGGGAAAAGGACCGCAACUUUAUUUGUUUUUUUUAGAUUUAGCCAUUUCACAUAUUUCUUUUUGUUGUCUACAUCCUUUUAAUAUAGUGGUUUUUGAUAUUAAGAGCUAGUCCCAUGUAUUGGUAUGAGGACUGCCUGUAUUCUGAAAUGGUUAUGUGGUGAAUAAAAACAGGCCAGUUGGAACCUGUUAGAGUAAUUCUUAAUGUCUGUGUAAGUAAACAAGUUUUUAAAAAAAUCAGAUUGGUGAAUAUUUUUAAGUUUGCUUUCAGGCAAUUUUUUUUUAAUUUGUAAUUUUUUCCUUCAAUACUUUUGUUUUAUUUUGUUAAUAUGUGAAGAGAAAACGGUCUUGGUGCCCUCCAUACUUUUAAAAUGUUAUGAAGUGGAAUGUACAGUACCACUUGGUUAUAUUUAACUGUUUUGAAAUAAGCAUAUGGAAUGUAUUGUGGAAAUGUAUUUAUAUUAAAAAAAUGCCUUUCUCCUACCUUAAUUACCUCAAAAAUGCUUAAUGUUUUUAGAUGCAGAUUAGUUGCCAUGUUGGAUAAUGGGAUGUUUAAGGGGGUAAGAGAAUGUAGGGGCUGGUUUCUGUACACUCAGCAGCCACAGAUUACUUUUUCAUCUUAAAUGGAAGAAAAUAAAUAUCCAGGCACACCUGAGGUUUCUUCUGAAAGGCAGUCAUUUUAUUUGAAACAAGAAAGUGGAGACAAAGUUUCGGCUCCUCUCUAAAACUUUAUCAAGUUUUGAGACUGCCUUUUAGAAGAAACUUCAGGUGUGCCUGGAUAUUUAUUUUCUUCCAUUUGAUGUCUCCAGGAAUUGGCCCUCCCUUCCUGGAGCAUCCUGCAAGAAGUAUUCCCCUUUUUUAUAGUGUGUGCAUUACACUCUUGUGUUUUCAACAAACUACUUUUUUAAUUUUACCUUGUCUGUUGCACAGAUGUGGUGUUCUACGGUAAUAAAUAUGGUUUGAAUUAAGAUGACCUUUGACAAUGUCCUAUUAAUUUUGUGAGGUGGGAGAUUCUUUGGCUUCAUUGUGACAACCGGGCCCUAACUUUUUUCAUCUUUACAAAUUGUAAAGAAUCCUUUACUUUAUUUCCAUUGCUGAGAUUUAGUCCUUGCUGCAGCCCUCUUCCCUUGCUUUCUCGUCUCCUGCAGCCUGGACUCCUCUAUGACUUCUUGUUCAAUCAUGUGCUUCUCAUAGAGCAGCAUUGUGGUCAAGAAGCAGUGAAUCCAGUAUGACUGUCCAGAGUGACCAUAUCUUUGUAACCGCCACUAGAUAUGUGUUUAGCCUCGCAAUCAACAUCUCUGUAUAAUACAGCAAUUUUUUACAUUGCAGGAGCUGAAAGUCAUUAAGAUAAAGUGGUUGUGGUGUCUAUAGUAUAAACAUUUAGUAAAUAUACUCUUAAAGAAAAAAAUGCUUGUAUUCUCUUUUGCAUAUUUUUGGAGGGGUAUAGAAAAUAUUGACUUACAGUAGCUGCAGAUCUAGACUCCUGUGCAUAAGAAAGUCUUGCAGUCCUUCCCCCAUAGAGCACCCGCCUCAUAGCAUUGAGUGACGGACUAUGUAAAAUACAGAGAGCAGGGAUUGGAUUGCACUCAGGUUAACUUUUAAAAGGGACAUGCAUCACUUGACAAAUAUAUUUUGUAAACCAGCAAUGAAACACUUUUAAGCAAAUAUAAAACAAUUUAACUUUAAAAGGUAUUCUAUAAACAUGGUCAGUAUGUCAGAUAGGUGAGUUUAUUCAGCCUCCACCCUCCCUCCAACCCAGCCUUCUCAGUUUCAGACCAGUCCACUAAUUACAGAAACAGGGAAUCAAUUGAACAGCAGCAGGAGCGAGAAACCUGACAUUGGGGCAUGCACUGCAUGAAUCGCACUGAUAAGACUUACUCUCUUCUCACCCUGUUACGAUUGUGCAAGAUGGGCAGAUCUUCCAAUUGCAUAUGUGUCAAUCUGUCAGCCAUACCCAAUGCACUUUUGCAGCAUUCCUAGGGAUGGAACACUGAUUGGUUAUAUCUGUCUUCCCCUGGAGUGGGUGUGGAAAGCAUAAGAAAAAAGCAGGUGAAUAUAAAUCCGAUUUUUACCUGCUUUUUUCAGUCUGCAGAGUGAGGCAACUGUUCCAUUCAAAGCUAAAGUUUUUAAUGAAACUGUUGUCUCUAAGUGAUGUAUGUCCCUUUACAGAAAACAAGGUAAUUGUAUCAAAUAGCCCUGGUAUUAAAUGCACCAAGGUAAGGAUGUAGUUGCAGCAAGACUCUUAAUCUUUUGCCAAGAUGUGAAUUGGAAGCUAAUGAUUUCUGUGUUCCCUGGAGCUCUCACAGGAAAUGAAACAUUGCCUGUUAAAAUUAAGACAGCUAGACAGACGUAUAGUUAGAAUACUCAAUGUAUUACCAUAAGUGUGCCUUGCUGCCUGAUGUUUUCCUCCAGUCCGCAGGCUCCCUGUCUCUAACCAGCUCCGCUUACUCAGUGGCUGAGUGUCAAUGUAUAGGCCAAUUCAGGGUGAUUGCUAAAGAGGGGGGCUUAUGCUGCCGAAAGCUGCAUAUUUAAAAAAAAAAAAAAAUAUAUAUAUAUAUCUAAAUUAAAUUGAUAAAAAUUCAAAUGAGACCAAAACCUUAAAUCAAAUAAGCAUAAAUUGUGUUGGUGUACACAGUUGUACCCCGCUACGGAAAUUGCUGGCGAUAUAUUAAUAAUAAAAAUAAGUGUCCCUUUUGAAAUGCUCUGGACUUUUCUGAAUGAUAACAAAACCAGGAUGGCAUUAUAUUUGAAAUCACUUGUAGCAUUUAAAGCCAGUAAUGCGCAUAAUCUGGUACUAUUUUGAAAGGCAUGCAGAUGGCAAAAUCCACUUAUUGAUCGCACUGUUUAUCAAAGUCCAGAUUUUGGUAUACAGGAACUGAAUUCAUUUGGAUGGUCGUCUGAAGAAUUUAUGUACAUUUAAUUCCAGUUUGUUCCCCCCCCCCCUCCCCCAGAUAAUAACUGAUUCUAAAGUAGACACCGACUGGUUGUAAAAACAAGAUUUGAUCAUUCUGUUUUAAUUCAGUUAUUUAAUAACAAUAUUUUGCUGAUCCAGAGACUGACUUUGGAGAUUAAAGAAUAUCCUGUAAAUCUACCCUUGGCUCCAUUAAGAGCAGGCUUGUUUAUUUUUAAUAGUGUACUUUGUGGUUGAUAUUUGCUGGGAACAAUGGCCAUCUUUAUUGUUGAGAUGCUUCUGCAUAAUCAUUCGUGGCAAGCUUGCCUUGUACCUUGUAUUCUAUAAGUGUCAGAAGGGAGAUCUUCAGGUACUGUGCGCUAUAAUUCCCAUGACGCUUUUCCAGCAUUUUAAACCACUACUACCAACCAUAACAGACAUUUAAGGAGUUAUUCCCACCACACUCUUUCAGCCCUCUGUGUGCCUCUCCUCCCCAGCCCUCCGUAUGCAUUGCCAGACCUCAGCGUCUCUUCCACCCCCUCUGUGAGCCUCAUGGGCCCCCUCGGCCCUCUGUGCACCUCUUGGCCCUGUGUGCGCCUCUUUCCCACCCAUCAGCCCUCUGGCGCCUCUCCACCACCCCCUACCCUCAAUCAGCCCUCUGUGCGCCUCUCCACCAUCUCCCCAAUCAGCCCUCUGUGUGCCUCUCCCUGAAGAAAAUCCUCUACCAGCGUUGCACUUGGCCACAUUACAUGUAGUGACUGGCAGGAAGGGGAGCGCUGUGCUAUGUUGACAUCACCCCAAAAAUGUGACUAGCAGUCGUGCUGCCCCUGUAACUCUUUCAAAAGCUUUAGCUUUGAAUGAGGCCGUUGCCUCACGCUGCAGGCUGGGGGGGGGAAAGCAGGUAAAUAUGGUAUUUUUAUAUUUUCAGAUUUACCUACUUCUUCUUUCUAAAGCUUUUUACACUCACUCCAGGGGGAGUACCAAUCUAACCAAGCAGUGUUCUAGGAAUGCUGGAAAAGUGCAAUGGGCACGAUUAUUAUACUGCACAAUUAUUUUUCCGUUUUUUUUUAUUUUAUUUUUUUUAUCCAUAUGUCAUCCAUAUUUACACAUGCAGUUGGAAGAUAUAUUCACUAUCCUGAUAGGGAGAAGUGCUGCACAAUGAUGCCCUUUUUUCAGUUAUUGGUGGAUGAAUGUGAAGCUGAGAAGGGUGGGUCAGAGGAAGGGUGGGAUAGGCUGACUAAACUCCCCUAACCGAGAGUCGUGUCCAACAAUGCAAUCUGACCAAGUUUACAAGUCGUUUAUUUUUGUUUGUUUUUGUUUUAAAUCUUUAUUUUUGCAGUGCAUAGUCAAGUAACAAUCGCGUGUGAGGUACCCCAAAGGCAAUCCUCCAGUGUUUCUUAUUUGUGGUUUACAUUGGGGUUUAAGAGAAACAUGCAAAAAUUUUGGUAUUAUUAGGUAAAGGUUGAUACAAUACGUUGCAUACAAGUUUGAUCAGUUAUGUCUUGUCGAUUAGGUCAGCAAAAUUUUAACAACAGUGCGACUUCAAUGCUAUCUCGCUUAACAAGUAGUGCGUUAGGUCAUGCUUAACAUGUCCUUAGGUCGGCAAAAUUUUAAUAGCAACUGAGAAGCUUCAAUGCAAGCGAGCUUAACUGGUAGAGCGUUAGGUCAUGAGUACAUACUACGCUAGCCUGAGUAAGGUAUCAUGCUUAAACAUUAUAUUAGGUCCUGUUUGGUCUGCAGGUGGGUAGAUAAUACAAGGUAUUAACGACUACCAGGUCUAUGGUGCUGCCACAAUUCACACAUGCUUUAGUAGUUAGUCAACAGCAGAGUUUUCAUUUUCGACUGAACCUGCUUUAGUGUGUUGCAGAGCAUGGUUAGUCCUUAUAUCAGUUUGUGUGGUUUUCUUAAUACAAAGAUAAUUUGCAAAAUGUGUAUCAGUAAUUGAAAACUUAAAAUUAUGACAAUAAGCAAAACAAGUAUUCAAAAGGUAUUGGCAUGGGAGAGUGAUGUGUGAUACCAGAGGUUAAGUCCUGGACCCCAUGCUUCAUUCUGCUGAUUCCCUGUAUGGGCUGAGCAAAGUCCCUUUACGGUAAAUUCUAUGCUUGCAGUUAUUAGCAGGAAGCCAGGGUGAUGAGCACUGCAGUUGACCACUUGAGCAAUCAGCCCACACCACAGGGUGAGAUGGCGUUGCAGGGUAUGAGAGCCAGUCCGUCAGGCUGUGGGGGGAAGCCUCCUUGCUCCCGCACUCGGGUGAGGGAUUGCCCUACUUCCCUUGCUUGCCGUUUCCGACCAUCCGGUCGCUUGAUCCUCCGUGCCGCGGUACUCCUCCCGCCCCUCCCAAGUAGUGCCGCGUGUCUUCGGCCUGAGCGGGGACCCUUACCACAUGUACAUUGACCCCAUCGUCAGGGUCGUGGGCCCAGUGUUCCACUGGGUCCUGGCUAUCUCCCUGGGUGUAUGGGUGGCGGUGGAGAGCUACCUCCUUGGAAGAAGAGUGCGGUUGGGCACUGGGCGUGUGGGGAGCUCGCAGCACUCGGUGCUUUUGUUUUGGGCGAAAGCUACCUCUCUUGUGGUGGCUUAUGUGUGUAGGACAUUUCCUUCUGCAGCGCCAUCUUGGGGCCCUGUGUGGAUGAGGAGUCGUUCGUUUGUGGCUGGGUUGCUUGAUUAUUUCUUUCCUCAGGUAUGUGCAAAGUUUGGUCUGCCGUGUCCGGAUCUCCAGUUUCACCCAGAUGGCUUCAAAUAUAGCGUUUAGCCUGGCUGAGUAGUCCGGCACCCCUGUGUGGUAUUCUGAUGACUCGCUCGGCGCGCUCACCCCCGCCAUUUUGGGUAUGCCAUGUGCCCGGCUUCCCUGUUGCUGCUGCUCUUCACUGCCUCUCCUGUUGCUUGAUGUGGACCGAGAUGAUCCCCAUCGGUCCAUAGGGUGGGGGUAGGAGGUGAUAACCCCGAGGUCUCCCCGCUGCUCGAUCUCCGGUAGGCCUCGGGAUAUAUGGUCCGGUCCCCGGGGGGUUGCAUGCUUGAUUUUGGUAUCGGGUGCUUCCCCCGGGUGUCCCCAUCAUGAUGGAUCUUCUCUAGUGAGCGAUGGCGCCAAGUUUUGGGGGGGGGAUUACCCCCUAAAAGUGCAGGAAUGAGCAGGUAAAUUGGGUGGACAGCGCUAAGAAUUAUUAUAAUAAAAUCAUACAUACACAGGUAGCAGCAGAUUUUGCAAUUAUGUGUCUUACUCUAAAAAAAAAAAAAAGAAAUAAAAGUACAAUGAUAGUGCAGUAUGUUAUGAAUAAUAUGGUGAUAAAAAUAUAUUCCAAAGGGGCACUCAUGUUUUCCAGAGCUUAAAAAGCUCUAUUUUAGGAGCCUGGGCGGAACAAUCCCCGUCUAAGGAUUUCUUUUUGCUGGUAUCAGAUUCCCAAGGUAGUGCGGUUCAUCAUAUGAAAAAAAAUAAGGAUGUAUACCAAUGGUACAGUACGUAUGUAAAAGUAGGAUAAGUAAAUAAUAUUUGACCUACUUACAUUUGCUAGAGCAAUGACCUGCUCUAGUGUAAUGGAGCUUUAGAUGGAACAAUCCCCACCUAGGGAUAUAUGUAGAUCAGGAACAGCAGAGUGAUGGUGAGAGUAUAAGGAGCUCAAGAGUGACUGGGUAUUAAAACAGAAUCUUUAUUAAUAAACAGAAUUAAUAAAACUAUUUAAAAGUGAACUAUAUGGUAAAAAGAACUAUAAAUAAAACCAGUCCUUGCAGGCAAUCCUUAAUCUCCACUUGACAUGUUUCGCUUACAGCUUUCUCAAGAGAAACAUAAUUGUAUGAAAUCUGAAUGCAUAUGUCUAGUGUUGACAUGGCGGUGUAUUUCUGCGUAAUGUGUUGGUGUGUGAAUGCGGUUAUAUUUCUGGAGUGUCAGAGUGUGGACAUGGGCAGUGUAUUUCCAGCUGUGUAUUUACCGCGAGCAUAACAAGGCAUUACAUUAAAAUCACAGCUACCUUGCCGUCUACUUCGCUCACCCACCUGCCUAGCAGCCCCACUGAACCCAAGGUAAAGAAUCCACUCCAGCUCUUCCUAAAUGUAGAGAUGCUGGGAGGGGUGUGUGUGUGUGUUUUUGUUUUUUUAGGAUUUGAUAAUAUAUGCAGAACUUUAGUGAGAGUACACUUUUUAUAUUUUAAAAGUGACUCUCUCUGCCCCCCUUUCCCAAAAAUGGGCAUGUCAAAGCUACAAUCUUUAUGAAAUGCUCAUAAUCACUGUGUUGGAAUUUCAUUGAAAUUACAACCCAGUCAAAAGAUCUCGUAGUAAGGACAACUUUGUCUCAUGUAUUUUGCCUAUGCUUGACAAAUGGUGGAGCCCCCAGCAGCCACUAGUAAUGGCUGAGGGGAAAAGGCUAUCUUCAUGGAGGAUUCUGUUAUCACCAGGUCCUCCAUAGUCGUCAGUGCUGCACUCUCGUGCAUGUGCGGGAGUACGGUGCUGAUGCCGGCUCCUAGCAGAUUAAAUGCCAGGAGCUGAAGAGGACCUCACCUAAAAAAAUGGUGGCUCCUGCAAGGGUCAAGUUCAGGCAAGUAAGAACUAUCUUCCCGUGCCCCACCAGGCCACCGGAAUGUAAGCAGAGCAGUCACCAUCUGGAGUCUUUUCAAAAUAUGGAAAGUGACAGUGGUGCUCCACUUUUUUAUGUAAAAUGUACUUAAAGACAAAUUUUACUUCUAAGUAAAAUUAAUUUGCUGUCCAUAUCUCUCCUAAUAUUUUUUUACAGCUUAUGAGGCCAAUAUGGAGGUGAGUUCAGAGGAUUUAUCAAAGACUGUCCUUAGUUUGUCAGCUGUUGCUUUGCUGAUCUGAGUUUGAUCAUUCUUCAAUGAUUGCUAGUUCUGGAAGCACCGAGUUUGAAAUUUCAUGGUUCAUGGUCACCCACUUGUAGAUAUCCUUAGUAUGGUACUAAAGUAAGAAGGUGUUUAGUGAAGUACUACUCCUGCACUUUACUACCAAUGUUACUUAUACAUUCAUACACAUUCGUUUUCCUUUAAUAUUUAUCAACAUAAUUUGAAAACUUUACUUCUGUAGAUAACAUUUGAUCAGGUUAGGAAAUGUCCAUCAGUGGAUUGUAGAAGUAUUUCCUGACUGUAUUUAAAAAGGAUACCAAAAUAUUUUGUUUUUCAACUUUCAGGUCAUCAGGACCCUUUGAGUCUUCGGAGUCAGCAUGACCCCCCCCCUGCCAAUGCAGAUAAUCCUUGUCCUGACAUGUGCAAUAGCCA